GGCGCCGGCGGCGGCAUGGCGUCGGUGGCGGCCUGGCUGCCGUUCGCCCGCGCGGCCGCCAUCGGCUGGGUGCCCAUCGCCAACAACCCGCUGCCGGCGCCGCCGGUGACGCGCGAGCGGCGGCGGCGCGAGGACGAGAAGUUCACCAUCAACGUGAGCGGGCGCCGGUUCGAGACGUGGCGCAACACGGUCGAGAAGUUUCCCGACACGCUGCUCGGCUCCAACGAGCGCGAGUUCUUCUUCGACGAGGAGGCACGCGAGUACUUCUUCGACCGGGACCCGGACAUAUUCCGGCACAUACUCAACUACUACCGCACGGGCAAGCUGCACUACCCGAAGCACGAGUGCCUGAUGGCCUACGACGAGGAGCUGGCCUUCUUCGGCAUCGUGCCGGAUGUGAUCGGCGACUGCUGCUACGAGGACUACAGGGACAGAAAGCGAGAGAACGCCGAGCGGAUGCUGGACGACAAACUUUCCGAGGGCAACGAGAACGCGCAGCUGGCGCACUCCACCAUCAGGCAGCGCAUGUGGCGUGCCUUCGAGAACCCGCACACGGGUACGGCGGCCCUGGUGUUCUACUACGUCACGGGCUUCUUCAUCGCCGUCUCCGUGAUGGCGAACGUGGUGGAGACCAUUCCCUGCGGACACGACUCUCGAGCCGGCGGUAGCCGCUCGUGCGGCGAGAGCUACAAGGUGGCCUUCUUCUGCCUGGACACGGCCUGCGUGAUGAUCUUCACCGCCGAGUACCUGCUGCGACUGUACGCAGCCCCGAACCGUUGCAAAUUCAUGCGCUCCGUAAUGAGCAUCAUUGACGUUGUGGCUAUCAUGCCCUACUACAUAGGUCUCGGCAUCAAGGACAAUGACGACGUGUCCGGCGCGUUCGUCACCCUACGGGUGUUCCGCGUGUUCCGCAUCUUCAAGUUCUCGCGACAUUCGCAGGGCUUGCGCAUCUUGGGCUACACGCUCAAGAGUUGCGCAUCUGAACUGGGCUUCCUCGUCUUCUCGCUUGCCAUGGCCAUCAUCAUCUUCGCUACGGUCAUGUUCUACGCCGAGAAGAACGUAAAGAGCACCACCUUCACCAGUAUACCGGCCGCCUUCUGGUACACCAUCGUCACCAUGACCACCCUAGGGUACGGGGAUAUGGUACCCGACACGAUUACGGGCAAGAUCGUCGGAGGCGUGUGCUCCCUAAGCGGAGUACUUGUCAUUGCACUUCCUGUACCAGUCAUCGUGUCUAACUUCUCCCGCAUAUACCACCAAAGCCAGAGGGCUGACAAGAGGAAAGCCCAGAAGAAAGCCCGGAUGGCGCGAAUCCGCAUAGCCAAGGCGACCAGCGGCGCGGCGUUCGUGAGCAAAAAGAAAGCGGUGGAAGCCCGCCUGGCGGCCCAGGAGAGCGGCCAGGAUCUGGACGACAGCCCCGAGGACAUCUUCGAGCUGCAGCAUCACCACCUGCUGCGGUGUCUAGAAAAGACCACGGACCGGGAGUUCGUGGAGCUCGAGGUGCCCUACAACGGGCAACCGAACCGUCCAUCUUCGACACCGCCGCUGUCGCCAGUGCCGUCCGUGGGCUCGGAGGACAAGUCGCUGCUCCAGUCCUGCUGUGGCCGGAGGUGCUCCAAGAAGAAGUACCAGCAGCAAGGUAGCGGCACCUCGGAUCAGGAGGAGGAGCUCAACGACAUCCAGGUGCGACUGCCGAACCGGACGCCCCCUAGCGACCACCAGCAGCAGCUGACACCUCCGCCACACCACGUCGUCACCAUGUCGCGGUCGAGUCUGAACAACCCGGCGCCGCUCGUGACCACAAUGACUUCCUCGCACGCUGGAGGUCCGCCGCUGGGCGUCACCACGGCUGUGGUCAACUACCCGCCGCCCGCGGUCGGCCCGUCCUCCGACAACGACACAAUGGGCGGGGGCGGCUGCUCCACGUCGCUAGGAGUGGGCGCGCCGUCCAGCGCCGCCGCCUCCGCAGCGAGUGGCGCUGCAGUCGCAAGUGGUGCUCAGAGCGGCGCUGCCAGCUCCGGUGGCCCCAUGGUUCGCAUUUCAACACUGUGAUCAAGAGAAAGGCUAUAAAUCCGUCAACACCAACAAAGACAGACAGAUGCCACGCAUGCACUCUCCCUCCGAAAAAGAAAGGGGGGAACGACGUCGGUAUCUCUUGAAGCGAAAUGAAUCUUGCCGGCGGCUCGGGCGCAAACUGGCGAGGCAACUCGGCGAGCAUGCACUUCCCACUUCUGUGGCCGCCCUCACCGACAGGGCGACCGCAAGAGUGACACCCCCUCUUCCGCACACCGGCGGCAAAAAAAAAAAGAACCGCGUUUCCGACGCUCCUGUGCCACUGUUUGUCACGAUAAGCGAGGCUGGGCCUCCCCAUUCCACGCUAAAGCAAAAACCGCGAGUGAAUGUUGCUUCUCAAGCUUCGAUCGCGCUUAUAUAUAUACCCGCACGCGUAGUCGCGAGCUCUUGCACGCAAAAUUACUCAACCUGUCAGGACAGGUGAGCGAUGGACGCGAAACCGGCUCUCUAGCGCGCAACUGCAACCAAUAGGCAAACGACUGGGACGUCCCACGACUUACCUGCUGCGGCUACUAUCGCUUUCCUUUCGUGCUGUUCACUCCCUUUCAUUUUCUUUUAUUUUUUAUAUGGAGCCACUGUUGCGUUUUUGAAAUGCAUUUUUCUUUUUUUCUUUUUAAGCUGGAAAGCAUAAAAGCAAAUACGGGUCA